AACUAUUUUAUAAGGUAAUUUGAUUUACUACUCUAUAUUCUCAAUUAUGUGAUGUGAUUCGAUUCAGUUUGCCGACAGACUUCAGCGUGGCAUAUGCUCUUGAAAGUAACCUAUAAAUCAUAAGAACAUGCCUAACGAGACUGGCUCCGCACAAAACGGUCAAGGUGGACACGAUACAACUACGAAUGGUUCCGUGAAUAAUGUUAGUACGAAAAUCGAGGCGAAGGUGAAGAAAGCGCGUAGUUUUGUUGAGUUAUCUUUAUUGAAUACGUCGAAUUCUGUUAAAACACUCGGUCGUAAUGAAAGGCAUGUUUUGGUUUUAUAUACUGGUGGGACAAUCGGUAUGGUGAAAAAUAAGGAUGGGGUUCUGAUACCACAGAAAAAUGCUUUCGAAAAUCUCAUCAGAGGAUAUCCCCAACUUCACGACAACAUGUUCUGGAGACACAGAUUAAGUGAAGCCGACUUUGACACAUCGUUUCUUGUGUUACCAGAAGCCAAAGAAUUGGAUAUGAGAAUAUGUUAUAAGAUAUUAGAAUAUGAAACUCUAUUGGAUUCUUCGAACAUGACAGAAGUCGAGUGGAUAAGGAUUGCAGAAGAUAUCAUGAAAUAUUACGAGCAAUACGACGGCUUCGUAGUCUUACACGGCACCGACACACUAUCCUACACCGCAUCCGCUUUAUCGUUUAUGUUUGAGAAUAUUGGGAAAGCUAUCGUAUUUACUGGAUCGCAGAUACCAAUAUUUGAACCGAGAAGCGAUGGCCCUGAUAAUUUCGUGUCGUCCUUGUUGAUAGCCGGUGGACUAAACAUUCCCGAAGUAACAAUAUUUUUUGGAAGCAAGUUGUUUAGAGGGAACAGAACUAGGAAGAUAUCAGUGAAUAAUUUCUAUGCGUUCGACUCACCGAACUGCGUACCUCUCGUCGAUGUUGGAAUAGACUUCGAAGUGAAUAAGAAGGCGAUAUUCAAGCCGACGGUGAUUGAGAAAUGUCACUUACACGCGAAAAUGUCGAAGAAUGUAGGUCUGUUGAGGAUAUUUCCAAGUAUCAGUUCAUCUGUGAUCAGAGCCUUUUGUCAGCCACCCAUUGCGGGCAUUGUUCUAGAAAGCUACGGAGCUGGCAACAUUCCAUCGAAUAGAGAAGACGUAUUCAAAGAGAUAUCAGCCGCGGUCAAAAGGGGCGUUAUAGUUGUUAAUAUUACUCAGUGCACUAAGGGCAGUGUAGUUGCACCCUUGUAUGAGACUGGAAGGCUCAUAGCAGAGUGCGGAGUAGUGUCGGGAUACGAUAUGACACCCGAGGCCGCUCUCACUAAACUGUCCUACGUACUUUCAAAGACUGAACUCACGUAUCAGCAGAAGAUUGAGAUGAUGGUGACAAACAUAAGAGGAGAAUUAACAAAUACUUCAUCAAUCGCUCUAGAGGAUAAUACUCUGAUAGAUGCAUUAGCGUCGAGUUUGAACAUUCAGUCGCCGAAGAAAUUGAUAGAGGUUACAGAGAAAGUGUUCAGUUCGUUGCUUCUGUACGCGAUAGAACACGACGAUGUGAGAGCCGUGAUGAAAAUGUUAGACAUGGGCGCGGAUGUAAACGUCCAGAAUGCGGAAGGCAGAACAGUUCUCCAUGAAGCGAUACUAAAAGGAAACAUACCGAUUAUAGAAUAUUUAUUAAAAAAUGGCGCCAACGUGCAUCUGAAGACGAGAUGCGGUGAAACGCCCCUACUAACAGCAAUACAUAAAGACAAUCACACAGUUAUAACAUUGCUGAAGCAAUGCGGGGCUCAUUUAGCUUCCGUGGACAAUAAACCCGUCGCAGAGAUGUUGUCUCUAGCCUCCAGGAGUGGAGUCGUUGACAAGCUGGAGACUCUGAGGAUAGCUGGAGCAGAUCUCAAUGCUAUGGACGAGAUUAAACAAACUCCCUUACACAAGGCCGUUCUUUGCAACAAUCCUGAUGUUGUCAAAUACUUGCUGCACCACGAUGUCAAGACAGAUCUUCCAGAUUUACUGGGAUUCACGCCCUUGGAUUGCGCAAUAAAACUGAACUUCGAAAACAUCGCCGACAUGUUGAAGCAACAAAAUAAAUUUUAGAUAGUAUUUUAUUUAACAUUAAAUUAUAUUAUUGAUAUUAUAUUUGUUUAUUGACAUGAGACGCAGAGCGUUAAAUAAAAUUAAGUAAUUAUUUUCUU